UUUGCACGGGGAGACUCACACAUUCACAAUGCUUUGCUCUCUGCUGUUGUUACUGCUGGUCUGCAGCACCCAGGCGACUCACUUUUACGGGACUGUGAUGACCUACUACCCAAAAACCCCUCACACAAACGGAUCUAUUGAGGUGGUCCUUCGCUACAAGCUGAACUUCCGCUCUUGCGAUGAUUCAGACUCGUGGAAGUGCUUCUUAGGGGACUGUGGGACUCAGAGCGUAGAGCUACACAAGGUGGAGGAGAGCAGCGGAGAGUGGUGUCAGAGAGAGGGGGUCAUGACCCGACAGGUUCCCAGCAACGCUCCUUUUUACCUGGAGUUAAGUGGAGGUAACUGGAUAGAUGACGUCGUAAAUGACAUCUCGUCAUGGGAAGCUCUGACUCUGGUGGAGCUAAGGAACCGGUCUGACACCAACGAGGCCAACAGAUCACCCCAGACCACCAUCCUGCCCGCUUUGAGAGUUCCUUCGAACUGUCAGAGAGAUUUCAACCUGUUGGCGUUCGACCCCGAUGGAGACAAGGUUAAAUGCAGAUAUGGAAACAAGUCACUGUCAGAGUGUAACCCCUGCACACCACCAUCUGUUCUCGAACUCUCAACUUCCUGCACUCUGUCGUUCAGCCCCACAGACAGCAGCGAUGAAGGUCCUUACGUCGUCCAGCUGGUGUUGGAGGACUUUCCCCAACAGAAGAUCAUCCUGACUGACACAAACGGCUCUAAGGAGUUGAAAACUAGCAACGACCCGAUCAGUAAACUACCACUACAGUUUGUUUUAAGAGUGGAUGGUAAGGUGCCGUCCUGCACCGAGGGACUCUUUCUGCCUAAAUUUCUGCCUCCCACUCCAGCAAAUAGAGCUUGGCUGAAAACCCCCGUCAAUCAGACGAUUCACAUCCCAAUCAAUGCAGAGGCAAAGAAUUCCAAGAUUUCUGAGCUGCUGUUCAGCGGGCCAUACGACAUUGACAAGAUCACAACAGAAGCGGGACAGUUCAUCCUGAAAUGGACGCCGUCUGAGAGAGAGGAUGGAGAAAGCCACCCCAUCUGCUUUGUAGUGCAGGCAAAAAAAGGUUCAAGGAAGUAUCACUCAGAGCUAAGAUGUGUAAUUGUUACUGUUGGAAACUACCAAGAAAUCGUAACUUCAACUCCAACAGUUGCUAAAACAACCACAGAGAAUACAACCAACAUUCACUCAGCAACUACCACUCCAACCACAACCAGAACCACACCAGCUAUAACCAAGUCUACGCAUGCAUCAACACAAAAUGCAACAUCACCACUAAAUCUCACCACUACUACACCAACAACCACGCAGAGUACAACUUCUUUGACUACUUCCACAGCGACAAAUACAACACUCAGUCCAACUACUGUUCCUUCAACAAUGAACAUUCAAACUACAGCUAGCACUACACCGUCUACAACACAAGCUACAACCAAUACUCCGUCCACAGCAAUACAAGAUACCACAUCACAGCUUCAUUCUACCACUGCUUCCCCAACAACAACCAUGCAGAAUACUACUACUACCACAGCUACCAGUACAACACUCAGUCCAACUACUGUUCCUUCAACAAUGAACAUUCAAACUACAGCUAGCACUACACCGUCUACAACACAAGCUACAACCAAUACUCCAUCCACAGCAAUACAAGAUACCACAUCACAGCUUCAUUCUACCACUGAUUCCCCAACAACAACCAUGCAGAAUACUACUACUACUACCACAGCUACCAGUACAACACUCAGUCCAACUACUCUUCCUUCAACAAUAACCACUCAAACUACAGCUAGCACUACACCGUCUACAACACAAGCUACAACCAAUACUCCGUCCACAGCAAUACAAGAUACCACAUCACAGCUUCAUUCUACCACUGAUUCCCCAACAACAACCAUGCAGAAUACCACUACUAUUACCACAGCUACCAGUACAACACUCAGUCCAACUACUGUUCCUUCAACAAUGAAUAUUCAAACUACAGCUAGCACUACACCGUCUACAACACAAGCUACAACCAAUACUCCAUCCACAGCAAUACAAGAUACCACAUCACAGCUUCAUUCUACCACUGAUUCCCCAACAACAACCAUGCAGAAUACUACUACUACCACAGCUACCAGUACAACACUCAGUCCAACUACUCUUCCUUCAACAAUAACCACUCAAACUACAGCUAGCACUACACCGUCUACAACACAAGCUACAACCAAUACUCCGUCCACAGCAAUACAAGAUACCACAUCACAGCUUCAUUCUACCACUGCUUCCCCAACAACAACCAUGCAGAAUACCACUACUAUUACCACAGCUACCAGUACAACACUCAGUCCAACUACUGUUCCUUCAACAAUGAACAUUCAAACUACAACUAGCACUACACCAUCUACAACACAAGCUACAACCAAUACUCCGUCCACAGCAAUACAAGAUACCACAUCACAGCUUCAUUCUACCACUGCUUCCCCAACAACAACCAUGCAGAAUACCACUACUACUACCACAGCUACCAGUACAACACUCAGUCCAACUACUGUUCCUUCAACAAUGAACAUUCAAACUACAGCUAGCACUACACCGUCUACAACACAAGCUACAACCAAUACUCCGUCCACAGCAAUACAAGAUACCACAUCACAGCUUCAUUCUACCACUGCUUCCCCAACAACAACCAUGCAGAAUACCACUACUAUUACCACAGCUACCAGUACAACACUCAGUCCAACUACUGUUCCUUCAACAAUGAAUAUUCAAACUACAGCUAGCACUACACCGUCUACAACACAAGCUACAACCAAUACUCCAUCCACAGCAAUACAAGAUACCACAUCACAGCUUCAUUCUACCACUGCUUCCCAAACAACAACCAUGCAGAAUACUACUACUACUACCACAGCUACCAGUACAACACUCAGUCCAACUACUCUUCCUUCAACAAUAACCACUCAAACUACAGCUAGCACUACACCGUCUACAACACAAGCUACAACCAAUACUCCGUCCACAGCAAUACAAGAUACCACAUCACAGCUUCAUUCUACCACUGCUUCCCCAACAACAACCAUGCAGAAUACCACUACUAUUACCACAGCUACCAGUACAACACUCAGUCCAACUACUGUUCCUUCAACAAUGAACAUUCAAACUACAGCUAGCACUACACCGUCUACAACACAAGCUACAACCAAUACUCCGUCCACAGCAAUACAAGAUACCACAUCACAGCUUCAUUCUACCACUGCUUCCCAAACAACAACCAUGCAGAAUACUACUACUACUACCACAGCUACCAGUACAACACUCAGUCCAACUACUGUUCCUUCGUCAACCAGUAAAAUUGCAAGUCCACCACCAGAUACUACAACUGAGGGAAUAACAACCUUGCCAACACGUACAACCAAAGACUCAAACCAAAUUGUUGUAGUUUGGAGAAUGAAGAUUUCCUCAUCAUCUCCACUGUCUGAUGAACACAUCAGGAACACUGUCAUCCAACAGAUCAAAGAUGAACUGGUGAGACGAGGGCUGCCAUCAGACAUCACUUUACGCCUUUUGAGCAGUGUGAGACUGGAGCCUACAUCAGCGCCCCCUGCUGACAUAACCUGAAAAAUGUAUUUUCUGCUACCUUUCAAAUUGAAAACUGAAGGAGAAAUACUUUUUUUUUUUCAAACCAAGGGGAAAUUUAACUUUUUUCACUCAUUUGUUGAGACACUUACAGGCCAAAAUACACACUCAUAAACAAACAGGAUCCUAUGGACAUGUAUUAAUGGAGAGAUGUCAGAUUGAGGAGUUGCACACUAAAGAGUGUCCAAGGAGUUAGGGGUUUGAUGCCUUGCUCAGUGGUACUUUGGCAGUCCCCAGAUAAUCAACUUGCAUCUCUCCAGCUACCAGCCCAAUUUCCGCAAUGGGUCCCAGGUCCUUUCAAACUGAGCCAAUGCCGCCCUCAAGUUAUCCACUGAUAGGAUUCUUUCACUGGCAGAAACUGUGAACGAAUUUUCCAAAUUGCUCCAUUAUUUUAAACAUUCAGACAAGUUUGAUGUCUGUGUGCACAGUAUGAGUGUGGUUGUAAGGAUGUGUUAAGCUAAGACUGUGUUGAUGUAAAACCAUGCAGGUCCAUGUUUUACAAAAAAGUGUUUUUGUUGUAUUUUGUGUUAUGUCCUAUAUAUGUAAUGGUUCUGAUGGUAUGUUGCACUUCCUGUCAGCACCUGUGUUGGAUUGUUAAAGCUGUUCAUUUGCAUUUACUGAGGCAGCUUCCUCCUCUCUAGAUCAUUGCUUGUGUUUUUACUUUCUGAUGUUCAUAGCUUUGGAUCAAAUCUACUGCUUAAUGAAUUGUAGAAUUGUAUUUGUAAUAUACUUUAGUCACUGUAACCUUCUUUUAGCAGAGACGCAUCAUAACAAGAACUACAACAUUUUUUAUGGGGCCUGAUGCAAGUGACGAGUUGACUUAAAACGCAUUUCUAAUAGAAAUAGAAAAUGACCUUCUGAGAAGACUUUGGCAUGAGCAACAGUGUUGUUUAGAUUCAACAAUUUAAAGGUGGAAAAAUCAAUGCUUGUGGCGAUUAUAUUUGUAUUUAUUUUGUAUUUAAAUGUUGUAUUUUUGCUAAAUAAUGGUGAAGAAAGGGUAAUGAUGGAGUUCUUUAUAUGCAUGGCACUCUGUAAAUAAACUUGCCUUGCCUUUAAUCAUGGUGUUAACACUUGGGAACUCAGGGAAACUUGGGAUACCAUCAGACUCCAGUCUCUGAGUUUUGUAAGAAGAGUGUGUGACUGGAAGCUGCAACCACAGUGACCCCCUCUGGUUCAACAAGCCACUAGGUCCAUUUAGAGGAACUUCUUAUCUUCAUUAACAUAUGGGGUUAGUGUGGGCAAUGUGGAUUUUUUAAUGUUUAAAUUUCCAAAGUUUGAUUUCAUACCACAUAUGAACCUUUACUGUGGUUACUAUUAUCUUCAGGCUUGGAAUUAGAAAGUUUGAGUUAUUUCUCAUGUUAUCAGAUUUAUAAAUGUGAAAUAAAAUCAAUUUUUAAUGCACUUAAUUUAUCAAAAGUUGCGUUAAGUCAACACAUGUGGUACCUCGUUAAAUUUUCUUGAGAGGAUUUUUUGUCAACAGUCCAAGUCUGUAAUUAUGGGCCUCAUUCACCAACCAGCAUGAA